AAACAAACAGAGGAAGAAGUUUAGUUUCACCGCGCUCUCUGUUGUUUUGUGAUGCUGUUUUAAAACAAUCUGUUACAGUCGUGACUAAGUGUUGAAGCAGGAAUAUCAGCUGAACUAAGAUCUGCUGCUGUGAAGAUGGUGUUUGUUAAAGAAGAGAGUAAGGAGGACAAGAGUGAACCAGAAACCUGGAGAAUAAAACAUGAGGAACAAGGAGACUUUAUUGAAGAAAGUGAGGAGAAAGAAGGAUUGAGUGAAGUUGAGGAGAAAAAUCAUGCCGAAAUUGGAGAAAAAACUUUGAGUUGUUCUCAAACCAAACAGAAAGAUUUAAAGAAAAGAAGAGCCAAGAAAUAUUUCACCUGCACUUUCACAUGCAAAUAUAAUCUUGAUGUUCACAUGAGAAUUCAUACGGGAGAGAAACCGUUCACUUGUGAUCAAUGUGGAAAGAGUUUUGCAGAAUCAUCAAGCCUUAAGAAACACAUGAACAUCCACACAAGAGAGAAACUGUACACAUGUGAUCAGUGCGGUAAAACGUUUUUGAGCGCUUCAAACCGGAGGACACACCUGAAAGUUCAUACGAAGGAGAAGCCACAUUCAUGUCAUUUGUGUGGAAAGUGUUUUUCACAGCUAGAACAUUUGAAAGUACAUCAGAAAAUACAUACUGCUGUGAGAGAGCACAUGUGCUUUGAGUGUGAAAAGACUUUUACUUCAGCGUACUGUUUAAAACUGCAUGUGAGGAUUCACACUGGAGAGAAACCUUAUAAGUGUUCACACUGUGACAAGAGAUUUAGUCAGUCAGCAAAUCUGAAAACACAUAAAAAGAUCCACACUGGAGAGAAACCAUACACAUGUGAUCAGUGCGGGAAGAGUUUUGCACUAAAAGGAUACCUUACAGAGCAUAUGAACAUUCACACUGGAGAGAAACCGUACAAGUGUUCACACUGCGACAAGAGAUUCAUUCGGUCAGCACAUCUGAAAACACACGAGAGGAUUCACACUGGAGAGAAACCUUAUAAGUGUUCACACUGUGACAAGAGAUUCAGUGAUUCAGGAGACCUAAAAAGACACGAGAGGAUCCACACUGGAUUGAAACCUUUUAAGUGUUCACACUGUGACAAGAGAUUCAGUCGGUCAGCAAAUCUGAAAACACAUGAGAGGAUCCACACUGGACAGAAACCGUAUCACUGCACUGAAUGUGGGAAGCGUUUCAUUCAAUCAUCUUCUCUACACAGGCAUACAGAAAACAGUCACAUAAAUCUCCAUCCGAAAAACUCCAAAUACGCCCCGCAGAAGAAACCCAGAAAAAUCUUGAGUUGCUCUCAAACCAAACUGAAAGAUUUAAAGAAAAGAAGAGCCAAGAAAUCUUUCACUUGCACUCAGUGCGGGAAGAGUUUCACACAAUCAGCAAACCUUAAGGAUCACAUGAACAUCCACACUGAAGAGGAGCUGCAUGCAUGUGAUCAAUGCGGUAAAAUGUUUUUAUGGGCUUCAGUUCUGAAGAAACACUUGAACGUUCAUGCAAAGGAGAAGCCACAUUCAUGUCUACAAAAUUUGAAAGUAGGUCAGAAAAUACAUACUGCUGUGAGUGAGUACAUGUGCUUUGAGUAUGAAAAGACUUGUACAAAACUGCAUGGGAGGAUCCACACUGGAAAAAAUCCUUAUAAGUGUCCACAAUGCAAUAAGAGAUUCAGCGAUUCAGGAGUCCUAAAAAGACAUGAGAGGGUCCACACUGGAGAGAAACCUUAUAAAUGUUCACACUGUGACAAGAGAUUCAGUCGGUCAACACAUCUGAAAACACAUGAGAGGAUCCACACUGGAGAGAAACCUUAUAAGUGUUCACACUGUGACAAAAGAUUCAGUCGGUCAACACAUCUGAAAAUACAUGAGAGGAUCCACACUGGAUUGAAACCUUAUAAGUGUCCACAAUGCAAUAAGAGAUUCAGUGAUUCAGGAGUCCUAAAAAAACAUGAGAGGAUCCACACUGGAGAGAAACCUUAUAAGUGUUCACACUGUGACAAGAGAUUCAGUCAGUCAGGACAGCUGAAAAUACACAAUAGGAUCCACACUGGAGAGAAACCUUAUAAGUGUUCACACUGUGACAAGAGAUUCAGUCGUUCAACACAUCUGAAAACACAUGAGAUGGUCCACACUGGAGAGAAACCUUAUAAGUGUUCACAGUGUGACACGAGAUUCAAAAAGUCAGGAAACCUGAAAACACAUGAGAGAAUCCACACUGGAGAGAAACCUUAUAAGUGUUCACACUGUGACAAGAGAUUCAGUCGUUCAGCACAUCUGAAAACACAUGAGAUUGUCCACACUGGAGUGAUACCUUAUAAGUGUUCACACUGUGACAAGAGAUUCAAAAAGUCAGGAGACCUGAAAACACAUGAGAGGAUCCACACUGGAGAACAACCUUAUAAAUGUUCACACUGUGACGAGAGAUUCAGUGAUUCGACACAUCUGAAAACACAUGAGAGGAUCCACACUGGAGAACAACCUUAUAAAUGUUCCCACUGUGAAAAGAGAUUCAUUAAUUUAUCACAUCUGAAAAGGCAUGAGAGGAUCCACACUGGAGAGAAACCUUAUAAGUGUUCACACUGUGACAAGAGAUUCAGUGAUUCAGGACAUGUGAAAACACAUGAGAGGAUCCACACUGGAGUGAAACCUUAUAAGUGUUCACACUGUGACAAGAGAUUCAGUCGUUCAGGACAUCUGAAAACACAUGAGAUGGUCCACACUGGAGAGAAACCUUAUAAGUGUUCACACUGUGACAAGAGAUUCAAUCGGUCAACACAUCUGAAAACACAUGAGAUGGUCCACACUAGAGAGAAACCUUAUAAGUGUUCACACUGUGACAAGAGAUUCAAAAAGUCAGGAGACCUGAUAACACAUGAGAGGAUCCACACUGGAGAACAACCUUAUAAAUGUUCACACUGUGAUGAGAGAUUCAGUGAUUCAGGACUUCUGAAAACACAUGAGAGGAUCCACACUGGAGAGAAACCGUAUCACUGCACUGCAUGUGGGAAGUGUUUCAGUCGUUCUUCUGCUCUACACAGUCAUACAAAAAAACAUUCACAGUGAGGCCCUGUACACACAGACACACAUUUAGCUGUAUGCGUAAAAAUUUUGUAUUGUAUCGGCGUUUCGUCCAGACGGAUCGGGCGUUUUGGGAGCCUGAAACUGGGUCUCAGAGUGGAUAAAUCUGAAAACAACACCUUUGCGUUUUCGUGUGCACAGCCAAUCUGUAUAUUUUGUGAAACGAUGACGUCAUCACACCACGUCUUUACCCUAGUCAGACACCGCUACGUCACGUAACAGCAACAACAACAACAAUGGUGGACAACAUGCUUGUGUUCUUUCUGCAGGAGCUACUGAACCUAAAGUUCAUCUUCAUCUUCAAAACCAGCAGAUUGAACUGUGAGAUUCAAUCAACUCAAAGAUGGAGUUCCUCCCCAAAAGAACAAUGAUAAAAAGUUUUAUUCUUGUAUAUGAGUUUGUUUCAUGAUAUAAAUGAUGUAACUGCGUUUUAUUAUGAGUUUCAUAUUAUGUUCAAUUGUCUUAUAAUGCUAAAAACUUCGUAUUUGCGAGUCAUCUGUGUCACGUCACCUGUAGCGUUUUUUGCCCCUGUUGGCAAAGGAAUGGACUCGCCCUACUCUGCCUCUGAUUGGCUUACCUUAAUGUUCUUUCCCUCAUCCAACCAAUCUCACUCCUGAAGUUUUUUUUUUUGCGUGAGGCUGCUGUUGCAAUAGCUAUGAAGAUGGUAAGUUACGUUAUCGCUUCAUUAGUUCGCUACCCUUUGCAAAAUGCUCCUCAGUCUCGACCUUAACAUUUGUCUCAUAUCAGUAAGCUAUUACUCUGACAUGAAGUCGAUUUGAGAACUGUUCGACCUACAAGUAAAGCAUAGUGUUUAAUGUACAGUAAUAUUACUAUCAUUCAGCUCAAGUGGAGGCAGCGCUAAGCUAGGGCUGGACAAUAAUUCAAUAUCAAUAUGUAUCGCGAUAUAAUUUUUUUCAAGAACAGUGAUAUGAUUUUUAAACACAUUUCCGAUAUUUUGAUAUACAUUACCAGUGUUUCCCAUACAUUGAUUUAUUUGUGGCGUUUGACUUCGUUGAAUAAACUUGAGCACUGCACGUUUCAAAA